AUGUCAAUCGAUGCAUGGAGGCAAUUUCAAUUUUUUGAUAAUAUUCCCAUCAAAGACCCACUAACAGAUAGUGCGACCCCUUUGUAUUCUGAUCCAACUUUAAGUGCUGCGACUUUAGUGGACAAGACAACGUUGGUCAUAGCCGUCAGAUCGACAGUGAUUAAAAUCGUAAACUUACUCGAAUCCAAAGUUGAACAUCAAUUUCAAGCUUUCCAGGAUGGUUUUCAAAUCACAUAUUUGAAGAUAAUAAGUAAUGUAUACCUCGUAAGUAUAGGUGAAUGUAUUGGACAACCUACUUUGCUGAGAAUAUAUAAAUUAGAUCGCUUACCGGCUGAUGAUCGAUCGUAUCAUGCUUCAGUUGAAUUGAAGAAUGGUAAUAACACAUACCCAAUAACGGGGGUUUCUAUUUCACCUGAUCUAAGUUGCAUAGUGGUUGGAUAUGCAAAUGGUAAAAUAGUGUUGGUAAGAGGAGAUCUAGCCAGAGAUAGAGGCUCACGACAAAGAUUUAUAUAUGAGGAUAAUGGCAAAGAACCAAUUACUUUCUUAGCGCUAAACCAUGACACUACGGUUUGUUUCGCUGCCACUACAAGUAAAAUUAUGCUAUUCAAUACUACAGGACGAAAUAAAGGGCGACCUGAUAUGGUACUUAAUGCGAACUCCGGAACUAGUUUAAAUGGUGGAUGCUGGUCUCAGUACACAAAUGAAUUUGUUUGUGCUGUGGGAAGAAAUAUAGAAUAUUAUAAGGAAAAUGGUGAAAAGACUGUACUCCCACUUGGUAUAGGGUCCAUUAAACGGCUAUAUCCGAUUGAUGAUGUACAUUUACUACUAGUCUUGGAAGAGAACACACAAACUACUUUCUUAGAGGCCAAUAAUCUAAAAUCAAUUAUAAGCAGAGUGCUAAUUUUAGAUAUAACAAAUAAGAUCAUUGCAUCAAAUUUUAUCAUCGCGCACGCUAUAAUCGACAUAUUGUCGCUUGAAUCCCAACAAAAUAACAUUAUCUACCUACUUACUUCAGACACAAUAAUUUACAAUAUUGUUAAAAAGCCUCUGGUCGAAAGGUUGGAUAUUGCUGUACAAAAGGAACAAUUCUCCUUUGCAUUAGAAAUUGCGAAGCAAAAUAAUGUUGACAAUGUAAAGAUACAGAAUAUACAUAAAAAAUAUGGGGACUAUCUUUACAAGAAAGGAGAUAAGGAGGAAGCUACAAAGCAAUUUAUUCAAUGUUUGGAUGUUGUGGAAACCAGCGAAAUCAUUUCGAAAUUUGGCAUAGAAGAGACGUCGGAUGAUCAGAGCUUAAAAAAUCUGGCAGAUUUUUUGUGGUCCAUAGUGGAAAAGGGCAUAGCAAGCGGUGACCACAUUACAUUGUUACUCGUAGUCCUAAUUAAAUUGAGAGCAGAGGGAGAUAUUGAGCACUUUAUUCAUCACUUUAGCCGCACAGGAGAGUAUCGUACUGAAGUCAUUGAGAGUGAUAUUGAUAAUGAAGAAUAUUUUUAUAAGAAUGACCAUAUUUUCAAUGUUGAGCAGGUUAUCUCCUUAUUGGAAAAUACAGGUUUCAAUUUACUAGCAUAUCAAAUGGCAAAGCGCUUUGCAAAAGAUUCAGCAGUAAUUGUAGAGAUAAUUUUAAAUGCAUUGAAUGAUCCAUUUGCAGCACUUAACUAUAUUAAGAGUCUACCUAUUGAUGAUACUUUGAGGAUUCUAGUUACCUUUUCUAAAACAUUAUUGGAAAAAUUGCCAAAUGACACAAAUGCCCUUUUGAUUGAUAUUUUUACUGGUAAGUACACUCCUAAAAGAUAUGAAUCAAAAAUUGGGGAUGCCACAGAGCACCUGGAAAAGAGUGAUUUGAAAAAGAUUUUUUAUAGUUAUAAUACAUUUCUGAGUUACAUGCAUAGGACCAUGGGUACGGAAGUAUCAGCUGAUACUUCAACUACCCUCGAUUACCAACCUACAUAUCAUCCGCCAAAACCUUCUAUUGUCUUUAAUUCUUUCAUAGGGAAACCAUUUCAAUUUGUAGUUUUUCUAGAGGCAUGCCUGGAUAGUUACCAAAGAUAUGAAGGUUUUUCAGAAGAUAGGCAGGUCAUUUUAACCACUCUUUAUGAUCUUUACUUAACUCUAGCCAACGAAGAUGUAUCUGAACGUAAGGCAGACUGGAGAAGGAGAGCUGAGAAUAUUUUGCAAGAAAAUUGUACAUUGGUUUCUGAUACAGAUGACGCUACGGGGAGAACUGUGAAUAAAUUGGGCGAGAAAAUAAGUAUCGAUAGCUCCUUGAUUAUGCUCAUAAAUCAUAUGAAUAAAGCAAAUUUACUUGUUUCUCAGGACAGAGCGCAUAAUGAUGAGGAUUUAUCCUUUUUAAAGUUUAAUGGAGAUAUAACAGAUGAAAACUUGCUUGACUCAUUUACAUCUUUAACAUUAACUGAGUCACCACAGAGCUGUUUAAGCUUUUUCAAAUCGCAUAGAGAUAAGGAUACAAAAUUAUAUGAGAUAGCAUUGACAUACUUCGUUUCUAGCGAAGAAGUCUUGAGCAAAAUUGGCGGAGAAAAGAUUUUGAAAACUGAAGUUCUUGAUAAGGCCUUGGAUAAUAGUUCUAUGGAUAUUUUAGAGGCCAUCGAAAUUCUCUCUUCAACUAGUGUUCUUACAUUCGGUUUUAUUCAAGAAUUAUUGAUAGAUUACUUUGAAGAAGAAAAUAGAGAAAUGGAGAAAAAUCGAAAAUUGGUUGAAUCUUACGAAACAGAAUUGAAUACCAAGAAAGAGAAACUAUCCAACAUUAUCCAUAAUCAAGAUCCUACACAGAUCCAGUUGAAAAAUCAGACGUGCUUUAUGUGUAAACUACCGAUGCAUCUUCCAAUGGUUUACUUCAAAUGUGGUCACAUUUACCACCAGAACUGCAUGGAUGAAGAAUAUUCAACAGAAGAGAAUGAGUUAAUAUUCAAAUGUCCAAAAUGUAUAGUAGAACUGGAAACGUCAAAUAGAUUAUCGGAGGCCCAGAAAGAGGUCGCAACAAAGACUGAAUUAUUGAAGAUGGCUCUGGAAGAUGAUAGUAGGCAUAAGGACCGUUUCAAAGUCAUUACAGAAUUCAUUGGUAGAGGGGGACUUGAAUAUAAUCAUGUAACCAUAUAG